AUGGCUGGUGUUGUUUUGUUGUUGAGCAUUCUUAUUGUUCUUUUCAGUCUUGAAGUUCCUACUAUUACGACUGUGCUAUGUCAAAGAGAUGUCAUUUCCAACUGGCCAUUCCCAAAGCAAUACUUGCAUCUGUGUCUCAGUCACGGGAUCAAGGAGGUGUUGCCACCCCUUGAAUCCCAUAAAUCAGCUCUGCAGUCAAUUAAAGGAGUUAUAAGUUUGCAUUGUGCUCAGCAAGAAGAUAAGGAUGGUGGUCUCUUUCGGAACAAAUCAUUGGAUACUGUUGUGCAAGAGAAUGAAUGUGAAUGUGUAUUGAACACUGAGCCUUCAUUAUCAGAACUUUCAAUCCAGUAUUGCCCUUCCUCUCCCUCUAAUAGAAUUCACGAUCAUGAAGAAAAUGAGUCUAGUUUAAGUCCUGAAGUUGCUUCCAGUUCCAUUAUCAUAUGCUCAACAGACCAGCCUUCAGCUACAGUACCAAGCUCACAAAACAAAAAUAGUUUUAGUCCCCAUGUUGCUUCCAGUUCCAGUGUCAUAGUUUCAACAGAUCAACCUUCAACUUCAAUACAAACUACAACUACAUUGAGUUCUAUCAGAAAGAUGAGUCGUAAGGAAAGGCGACGUAAUGGUAAGCAGAAGAAGCGGACGAUGGCUGCUAUUUUAGAUGUAGCUAAGCCAUCUACAUUAGAGGAUCUUCUUAGAAUUAAAAGAUUGUGCUGUGUUUCAAGCGACCCUCUUGAACUGGGGGGAGAAACAACAGAAAGAACAGAAUGUAUCAACGAUGAUGAGAAUAAUUGUGAAUCUGACCUAACCAAGGAUUACUCCAGUGAAAAAGUUGAGAGAGAUUGUGAAGCAGCUAAUCUCAGUAUGCAAUCCAGACAAAGGUUGGUGGUGAAGUUCAAUUUUAGCGGAUGUGAAUCUAAUGUCUAAAGCAAGAACCAAUACAAAUUGAACUACUAUAGAUGGAGUUUCACGUGGAAAGUUAGAUUUGUUGGCUGCGUUGGAUCAUUGAUGA